AAAAAAAAAAAAGACAGAAAAAAACAAAUAAUGAACAAAGAAUAUAAAAUGCAGCAAAGAUUCUGAUAUAAUAUGCGACGGCUCGAGCCCGUUUUUUCCCGACGUCUUCGCUAAACUGUCUCUCAUUUACUCUCUCUUUCCCUUCUUUCUCCUUCAUUCUUUUUCUUCUUUUCUUAAUAUCAAAAAAAAAAAACUUUAUUAUUUAUAUUAUUAUUCCCAUUUUUUGAUUCUCUUCAGAUCCCAUAUUCUUCAUCGAUAUCCCCACUCACCUCUCUGUCUCUCUUCUCUGCUUCCACAAAACGCCAUUCUCUUUAUAUAUUCAUUAUUCUUCUUCUUCUUACACCAAUUUCAUCUUUUUUACCCUCACAAUGCAGCGUUUCAAAAUGGGUUUCUCUGAUUACAUCCAAGCAUUAGAAGAAGAACGACGUAAGAUUCAAGUUUUCCCUAAAGAACUACCUCUUUCAUCAGAACUCGUUACACAAGCUAUUGAUGCUUGUAGACAGCAAUUGUCUGGAACAACAACUGAGUAUAAUUUGAAUGGACAACAAUCUGAGUGUUCUGAACAGACAACAUCAACAGAUGGACCUGUUUUGGAAGAGUUUAUUCCAAUUAAGAAAAGGGCUUCACCUUAUUGUGAACAAGUUUAUGAUGUUGAUGAUGAAGAAGAUGAUGAACAACAUUCUCAUCAUAAGCAACAAAAGAUUUCAAUGGAUAAGAAGAAAUCUGAUUGGCUUAGAUCUGUUCAGUUAUGGAAUCCAGAUCCUCCUUCUCAUGAGGAUGUUACUAGGAAAGUAGUGCCUGUGAUGGAAUUGAAGAGAAAUGGAAGUGGUGGUGGUGCUUUUCAUCCAUUCCAAAAAGAAGAAAGAGUUAACAAUAGGACAUGUGAAUUGUUGAGUAAAGGACAACCCUCUUCGACAGGUGUAGCUGCUGUGAGUUCUAAUGCGGCUACUGUCACCAGUAACAAUGCUGCAAACAGCAAAAGAGAUGAGAAAGAAGAAAAGAGAAAGCAGCGCCGGUGCUGGUCGCAGGAUUUGCAUAAGCGCUUCUUACAGGCACUUCAACAACUUGGAGGUGCAGAUUCUGCAACACCAAAGCAAAUUAGAGAGCUAAUGAAUGUUGAUGGCCUCACAAAUGAUGAAGUCAAAAGCCAUUUACAGAAAUAUCGUUUGCAUACAAGAAGACCAAGUCCGUCAAACAACGAAAGUGCUAAUUCACAAUCAACAGCACCUUUUGUCCUUGUAGGAAACAUUUUUGUCCAACAACAAGAAUAUGGUGGGGUAGCUUCAUCAACAACAUCAGGGGAAAUGACAAAGGUUGUAGCACCUUCUGGAAUCUAUGCACCAGUGGCCACACAUCCUCCUCCAGCCGCGACAAUUAAGAAGCCCGAGUUUAAUAAUAGUGAAGAUCCUGUUCAUUCAAAUUCACCUACAUCAUCAUCUUCUACACAUAAUACUACCAAUACUUCCCUUGGCUAUUGAGUUUUUGAUUUUAAUAAACAUGUAAAAGUUAUGUGACCAAAUUGUUGUAGAAAGUUCUUUGAUAUUUUUUUGUUGUAUAAUGUUACUUCCUCAUGUUGUAUGUGAUUUACAUUAUAGAGUUAAAAUACUCGGCAAAGUGACAGUUUUGAUGUUGAAUAAGUCACUCCCUUUUUUAGGUGACUGUUACCAUGUUAUCUCCUUAGAACAAGGUGAGGAAUGAAAUUUCAAAAUUUUCAAUGUUUCUUGAA